AUGACAACGCCGGAAAUAAUUGCUUAUUAUGGAUAUCCUGUGGAAAUCUACAGUGUAACUACAGAAGAUGGAUAUAUUCUUGAACUACAUCGCAUACCAUAUGGCAAAAAUGGAACGACGAAUGACUUUCAUGCGAAUAAAUCAGUUAUUUUUUUACAACAUGGAUUUAUUGGAUCAAGUGCUGUAUGGGUUACAAAUUUGCCCGAUCAGUCAGCAGGGUUUCUAUUUGCGGAUGCUGGUUACGACAUUUGGAUGGGCAAUGCAAGAGGAAAUACUUACUCGGCCAACCAUACUCUAUAUACGAAGAAAGAUCGAGAAUUCUGGGAAUUUACCUGGAACGAAAUAUCAGAAAUUGAUCUCAGUACAAUGAUUGAUUUCGUAUUGAAUAAAACAAAUUUAAAAAGUUUAUAUUACGUUGGGUAUUCAGAAGGAACAUUAACAAUGUUCGUUAAGCUUGUGACUGAUCAAAGUUUUGCAAAAAAGAUCAAAAAAUUUUUUGCUCUUGGACCGAUCGGAACUUUAACAAAUAUCAAAGGCCUUAUAAAGAUAGCAGCAGAAAAUUUUAUGCGUCCACUUCGGAUUUUGGUCAGUAUUGGUGGUGAAUUUAUGCCGAAUACAUCAUUAUUCAGUCGUAUGAGUAAGGCAUUUUGUAGCAUCCAUUCAAUAACUGCCCAUUGUCAGGACGUAAUGUUUCAAAUUACCGGUCCAGAUACAAGUCAAAUGAAUCAAACUCGCAUACCAGUAUAUAUGACUCAUUUACCAGCCGGUACUUCAAUUGCCAAUCUUCAUCACUGGGCACAAAUGGUGAACAGUCAUAAAGUGCAGAUGUAUGAUCUUGGUUCGAGAAGGAAAAAUCAGCGACGUUAUGGCAGUGAUUUUCCUCCAGUUCAUAAUUUAAGCUUUGUCAAUGUUCCUGUUUAUUUAUACUGGAGUGAUACUGAUUGGUUGGCGGACAAACAAGAUAUUCAAGAAGGACUUCUUGAUGUGAUACCAGAAGAAUAUUUGAUGGAAAAUAACGAAAUACAAAAUUUCAACCACUUCGACUUUAUUUGGGGUAUUCAUGCAGUGAAAGAAAUUUAUCAACCGAUUCUUAGGAUAAUUGAUAAUGAUCAGAAGAAAAGUCUAUAA